AACAGCGGCGUAUCUCACAUAAACCACGACAUAACGAGCACGGGGUACGACGAGAAAGAGCGGAUAUUCUAGAUGCGCAGAAUAUCUGAUGACAAAGACGACAUUUAUUUUUUUUUAAUUUUCCGUUGUUCUGGGAGGAAUAUAACGCUAAAAUAUUGUUGUGUCUACCAGGAAUUGAUUUCACUUAAUGGAAUAUAUUUUCGCAUUGUGGAGCCUCGCUGAUAGAAUACUAGGGUAGAACAAUGAAAGGGCCUGCGCUGUUGUGUUUUGCUCUCCUUUCCUUUGGCUCGGUAACUGGACAAGUCAGCUAUACAAUACCGGAGGAAAUGACUAAAGGAUCGUUAGUCGGUAAUAUAGCACAGGAUUUGGGUUUACAAAUCAAACGUUUAAUAUCAGGUAAAGCUCGAAUUUAUCCCCGAGACAGCGACCAGUACGUCGAGCUGAACAGAGAAAGAGGAGUCCUCCUCGUUAAAGAAAGGAUCGACAGAGAGGCGCUGUGCAGACGGACGACACCGUGUGCUCUACAUUUUCAGAUCAUUUUGGAGAAUCCGAUGGAAUUUUAUACGGUUACAGUGCAGAUCACAGAUAUCAAUGACAAUGCACCAACCUUUGAGAAAACAGAGAUGGAGUUUAAAAUUAGUGAGUCUGCGGUAACUGGGGCAAAAUUUGUUCUGAAAAGGGCUGUGGAUGUUGAUGUUGGCACCAAUGAUCUUCAAAGGUACGAACUAAAACCAACUGACAAUUUCGUUCUUAAAAUGCAUAAUAAUGCUGAUGGAAACAAAAACGUUGAGAUGGUACUGCAGAAACCUUUAGACAGAGAGAAAAAAGAGCAGAUCUCUCUCGUGUUAACAGCUAUAGAUGGAGGAGAGCCACAGAUGUCAGGAACAAUGCAGAUUCUCAUUAUAGUUUUAGACGUUAAUGAUAAUGCGCCGGUUUUUACACAGCAAACAUACAAAGCUACAGUCACUGAGAAUUCACCUAAAGGAACAGUUGUUGCUACUGUUACAGCGUCAGACGCAGAUCAAGGUUCGAACAGUAAAAUAACAUAUUCAAUCACAAAUACGUUAGGUAACGUAAAGAAAUUGUUUGAAGUAAACACAGAAAACGGGCAAGUUUCAUUGGUUGAAACCAUUGAUUUUGAAAAAACAAAACGCUUCCAAAUAAAUAUAGGAGCAAGUGAUGAGGGGGGACUUACUGAUUCUUGUAAACUGAUUGUUGAUGUUCUGGAUGUAAACGACAAUAAACCUGAAAUCAACAUAAUGUCCAAAUCGACUGUGAUAUCAGAGGAUGCUAAUCUCAACACAGUAGUAACAAUGAUAAAUGUUGAGGACUUAGAUUCCGGAGACAGUGGGAUCGUGAAAUGCUUUAUCAACGAAAAU